AUGGCACCGGCCGCGGUGCAUCUGCAUAGACUGGUGGUCAAGAACGCGAAAGCGUUCAAGGCCGCCUGGAAACAUGCAGCGAAACUCGUACAGAAACAGUUACCUGAAUCCGCACGACCUGCAGAUGCAGUUCUUCAACCUAUACUCGCUCGAAACGCUCCAAAGCAUCCUCUUCACCGUAUUGCCUACCUCAAGCAGAGCAAGGGCCGAUGGUACACUACCCAUAGCCUUAUCGGCGCCGCCGUUAGACGGUUCACUACUUCGGCUGCACGCAAUUCGGGAGUGAAGUAUGACAAGGCUUCGUUCCCGAAGUCCCGUAUCGGGAGUAUCGCCAUGGCACAGGCUGGCCGUGCCCCCUUUGCGUCUACCCUUCGCCCUAACCUCACGGGUGGUGCCUUGGGACGAACCGCGGGUGGUUAUGGAUGGGGCUCCGGCAGGACCGGAGGCGCUCGAUACUUCUCGCAUGGUCCUGCCACGCCUGCUCAGGUCAUCAACAAUGUCUCUCAAGCUGUGCGCGCCUUCCUUCUCGGUGGACAAAAGGCCCAGUUUGACGGGGUAAAUCCCCACAAUGGCGAGAAGCGGUUCAAGACUGUCUCGGCACUCCAAGAUCAAGUCAACCGCACUUUGAACAAGGUUCCCAAGACUAACCCUGGCUCUUACAUCAGCUUCAACAUCAACCCUACCGUCACUGCUCUUACUCCCCUCAAGGCUGUCAAGGGCUUCGCCACUUUCGCUCAGGAGAAGGAGACCCUUAACACUGAGGGUCUCUUGGACACUCUCUCUGUCGAUUUCUCGCGUGCGGUCAAAGAGUUGGCUGCAGUCUUGAAAGACUUACAACUGUUAGCUGCACUGGGAGAUUUACCUAUAACGUACGAAGACUCGGCGCUGAAGGUUCAUUUUCCCGGCUGUGACGCGCAAACUGUCGAAACGAUGUGCAACGACUUUGGGGUCUCGCGGGGCGUAGUCCACGAAGACGAAAGCUUCAACACGUUUGUAGGAUCUGACGUGGCUUUGCUCUUCCCAUUCGCGCCGAGCCAGACACCUUCAGAAUGCUCCUUCUACCAGAAACCUGUUGCCGACCGCCAGCACAUACAACCUAACAUCGAUUGGGCAAAUAUGCUUUCACCAUCUGUAACAGAUUCAGAAGGCUUUGCCACACCAUCGGAGCAUAGCUACGACCAACUGGACGACUUUAUGACUGAGCCCAAUCCAUGGCUAUCAGUCUCAUCGCCUUCCGGGUACGAGAGCUUGCACACGAGUGAAGCCGAGGAGAUGAACCUAGAAGCAAGCAUGGAGUUUCCAGAAAGAUACACGCCGCUUUGCGAGGUGAGAUAG